AUGGGAGUGCUUCGCAGAACGCAAGCUCUUCUGAUAUGGAAUAUCAAACGCUGUUUAUCUGGAGACAUCAAAAAAAGGCCUGCCUACUACCACAACCCAGGGACUGAGCGACUUAGAGCAAUCACCACUGGUCAACUCAUCAAUCUGGCUGCAGAGAAAUGGCCAAAGAGAAACGCCAUUAUUUCUCUUCACGAAAAGAAGCAGCUUACCUUCAUGCAAUUAAAAGAACAGGCGGAUCAACUUGGAGCUGGUUUCGUAAAGUUGGGACUGAAGCCUGGAGAUAGGCUUGCUGUCAUAGGUGCGAAUACAAUUCAUUGGUACGUGACCAUGCAAGCAGCAGCUAAAGCUGGACUGAUAUUGGUGAUGUUGAACCCAGCUUAUCGACCAUUAGAGUUGAGUUAUGCUCUGAAACAUGUAGGAGUGAAGGGUGUAGUUACUGAUCACAAGUUUAAAACUCAAAAUUAUCCUGAAAUCCUAGCAGAAGUGGCACCUGGAAUAUCAAAAGCACCGCAUGGUGAGCCCUUGAACUGCCCGGAGCUACCAGACUUAUCAUUUGUUAUUGUGGCUACAGAUGAAAAGCUACCAGGGUGCUAUAGAUAUGACGACAUAAUGGUUUCACCUCAGGAAAAAGAAAUAAUUUUUGAAGUAGAAAACCAAGUGCAACCGGAUGAUCCAACCUGCAUACAAUUUUCUUCGGGUACCACAGGGCAACCAAAAGCAGCAGUACUUUCACACUUCGGCACCAUAAAUAACGGCCACUUUUUUGGAAAGAGGUGCGGCUAUGAUACCAUGCACCAUACACUGUGCUUGCAAGUGCCAAUGUUUCACAUAAUGGGUUCAACUUUAGGAAUUUUGUGUGCUCUUGACUUCGGCAUGACCCUUGUAUUGCCUGGACCAUCAUACAAAAAGGAAGACACUAUCAAAGCUCUUGAAAAACACAAAUGUAAUGUGCUAUAUGGAACUCCAACUAUGCACAUUGACAUAUGCAAUGAUUUAAAGAAGUUAUUUCCCGAGUUUCCUAAACUUCGUGAAGCAUGUAAAGAUUUUAAGGUGGUCGUUAGCGGAGGAGCCAUUUGCACUCCUUCUCUCUUCAAAGAUAUAUACAAUAUUUUUGAGUGUAAAGUGCAGUCAGCAUAUGGUUUAACAGAGACCAGUCCUAUAUGCUUCACCAACACUCAAAAUGAUACCUUUGAACAGAGAACCACUACAGUUGGUUUUGUCGCUGAUCACCUGGAAGUUAAAAUAGUUGAUAAAGAAGGAAGAAUGGUAAAUUUUGGUGAGUCUGGUGAAGUUUGGUUCAGAAGUUUUGGAAAUUUGCUUGAAUAUUGGGGAGAUGAAAAGAAAACUAAAGAAGCUAUAACAUCUUCCAAUUGGUUUAAAAUCUGGAGAUCUUAUGGUGCUGACCGAAGAUGGAUAUGGUACCAUCGUAGAAGGAUAAAAGAUGUCAUAAUUAGAGGAGGAAAAAUAUAUUCCCUUCAGAAAUAGAGAAGUUUCUGUUAAAUCAUCCUGAUAUUCUAGAUGCUCAGGUUUUUGGAGUAAAAGACCAAAGAAUGGGAGAAGAAGUAGCAGUAGCUGUUAAGAUAAAUAAAUCAUCAACAAUGAAUGAGACAACUUUGAAAGAAUAUUGCAAAGGAAAGAUUUCUCACUUUAAGAUUCCAAGAUAUGUUAGGUUUGUUGAUGAAUAUCCAACUACACCGACAGGAAAAAUAAAAAAAUAUGUGCUCAAGGAAACACUCGAAAAAGAAUUAGAUCAAAAACUGUGA